GGUUAGGUUGCGCGGGAGCAGCAGUUUCAGUUUGUUUUAUUCACCAUUUUGUGAAGCUGAAGGGAAAAUUCAAAUAAAAUCCCCUUUUAAAAAUAACAAAAUUCUUUUUUUUUUUGUUUUAAAAGUAGCCUGGCAUUUGCCUACUCUUUUGCAUAGUUUUUUUUUUAUUUUGCCUCACGAGCCGCGAGAGGUUUUGUUUUUUAUUUCCCGUGGAUUGGUCUUUAUAUAUUUUUUUUAACCUCUACAGCAUUUCUGCAUAAUGUCAAGACCAGUGAGAAAUAGGAAGGUGGUUGACUACUCGCAGUUCCAGGAAUCUGACGAUGCAGAUGAGGAGUACGAGAGAGGUUCUGCACCUCCAAGCAAGAAAAUGCGUUCAUCUCCCCGUGAAGUGAAACACAAGAAAAGGCCUGGGAAGAACUCGCAAGAAGACAGUGACGACUCAGAUGACAAAGUAACAAAGUCCAAAAAAGAAGACUCUGCGGAUGAUUUUGGCAGCGAGGAAGACAAUGAUUUUGGGGAGGAAGAGGAGGGAGCCGACAGCGACUAUGACAGCUCGAAAAAAGGGAAAAAGGGAAAGAAACCCAAACCUGAGAAGUCACCCAAACAGAUGCCGAAAUCCCGGAAAAGGGCAGCAGAGGACAGCGAUGACGAGAAGGAAGUGAACACGAAGGUGAGGCAGCAACGCCAGGCAGCCUCGAAAGCAGUCUCAAAACAGAGGGAGAUGCUGCUGGACGACGGGGGCAGCGAGGAGGAGGAAGAGAAGGAGGACGAGGAGGUGCUCUUCGAAGAUAAGGAGUCAGGCAGCGAUGAAGACUUCAUGGUUGAUGAUGACGAUGACAGCGAUUACGGCCGCUCCCGGAAGAAGAGUAAGAAAGUGAUCAGGAGGUCCAGACCCGAGAGGAAGGAAAAGAAGUCUCCCAAGCCCCGGCUAAAGGCUACAGUGACUCCCAGCCCCAUGAAAGGCAAGGGGAAGGGGCGGCCCAGCGCAGCCAAGGCGCAGGAGAAGUUCUCCCCCAAAGAUGACGAGGAGGAUGAGGAAGAGCCAGAGAGCCCCCAGGAGGAUGAGGAAGACGAGGAGCCAGAGAAGAAACAGACUCCUCCCCCAAAGAAGGCAGCCAAACCUGUGGAGGAGGAGGAGGAGGAAGAGGAGGAGGAAGUGUCAGAAGAGGAGGCCCCAUCUGGGGAGGAUUGAGUGCUGUUAGACACCAUUUUUGGGGGGGGAGGAGUUUAUGUGUAGAAGUAGUGUUUUUUUUUUUUGUUUGUUUUAUUUUUUUUUCAAAUGGUCGGUUUGGCUCAAGGGAUUAGACACUUUUUUUUUUUCCCUACUUUAUUUAACAGACCUUAGCAAUGUUGUUGCAGAAAUUGGUACCCUGCUACCAGUAGUGGCUAGCUAGUUCACUGGUUUAAUUGCUUGAUUUGGCCUCUUGUAUUUUUUGUUUGUGUUUUUGGCCUGAUAUCCUUGGCGUCGCUGCUUUGCAUGUUGGGAGCCCACUUACCAGGUGUAGAGUUGUGUUCGCUAAGGAGGAUCCCCAGGAAUACUGUACAGCUGCAUCCCAAGUACGACUCAGGCCAGCUCUGUUUGACAGUAGCAUUAUCAGUGAUACCGGUAUGCUUGUUGCCUGUAUGUGUUACACCCCCCUCCCCUUUUCUAGAUCCAUAUGUUGCUCUUUGGUUUGUGUGCCAGCUUGUGUAACCUGCUCACUAUAUCCUCUUUAUAAAGCUGUCACUUUAUAACACUAUCUUCAUCAUGUUAACAAUAAUGUCUCCUGUCCACAUCAAUUCCUGAUCAAGCUCCACAGGAAAACUCAGGUUACCAAGAAAACGAAAAGGAAAGCUUUAAUGAAUCUACAAGAAAAAAAAGAAUACGGUACUGUUCAGGUAUAGGUAAACCUUUACCUGGGGAACAUAAACUAUAGACCCAGUUCAGUUAACUUCUUAGCUUGAGGUAAAUAUUGAUUUCUAUCCAAACAGCAAAUCAGUGAUUUAAAAAAAAAAGCCAAUUAAAAAUGAUACAAUUGAAGCCAGGCAAACUUUUCUGUUUUAUUUACUCUGUUGGUUGACUUGGGCCUUAUUUUUUUUAUUUUAUUUUUUUAAUUUAAAUUCCUAAAAUCCAUUUCUAAUUCCAGUUCCCAUUCUCUUGUAAUAAAUUCCAACACAUCAUUGAUCAAAAUUGCAAUGAGCAGUAUUCUGUUAAAAUAGGCUUCUCGCAGUAGCAACAGAUGUUAAGUCACUGUCCGUCCAUUUUAAAAUGGCUUCAAAUUAAAGUAGCGGAACAAUAACAACAAUUUGUCUCCUUUUUGUAUCAUUUGAAGGAAUUGGGAUUGGAGUUUAUUUUAUGUAGUGCCUGUACUUUAUACAGUGUUCCAUGUUUGGGGGUGUGGGGGUUCAUUUAGGCUCACUGCAGGUCCCUGUGUGGCUUUUCCUAUCUGCUAGGUCUUAUACCAUUAAUCAGAUGACCUACUAAGACGUAAGCUAGUCCUGUUAACCUUGAUCCAAGCCCCUUAUCCUGUUUUUCAGUGCUUUGUAGCACCCUUCCAUUCUCUGUCUCACAUCUGUGUUUAUCUGUGGCUAGUAGACAAAGUUGUUCGCUGCAUUUGCAGUUUGUCUGAACAGUUUUUUGCUUCCUAGCCGUAGAACUGUCCAAGUAAUAUAUAGUUUAAUCCCUUGUGCAUACUUUUUUUUUCAGAGAAAGUCCAAAAAUGAUUUGUUUUUCUUUUAAAUACUUCUGUUUUUUUUCUUUUUGCUUUUUUUUUAAAAAAAAAUAAAUAAAUAAAAUGUCUUGAUUUUAAACAAAAACGAUCCAUAUCUAUCUCUUUUACUCAAAUGUUAAAAGGAAAGAGUAAAAAAUGUGAAGUUCUGCUUUCUCCCGGGCACCCGUUCUGUAAUCAAGGGUUUCAGAUCCGACGUUGCAUUCAAAUGAACUCGCAUGUAUUGUUAUUUUUGGAUGAACGAGGAAAUUGUGUAUUUGAUUCUGUUAGGAGUUCUGUGGCUAGAACACAUCCUGUAUACAUUAGUGCUCAAUGGUUUCCUUUUGGUUAUUACUAUUUUCUACAAUUGAAGAGUUGAUGUUGGGUAAAGUUCCAAGGUGACCUGAAUUCUAAUGAACAGUAAUUUGUUUGAGUUGUUGGAAGGAAGUAAGCUGGUUUCAGUCCCUCACAACUUGACAUUUUAGUUUGUCCCCUUUUGAGGGGUUCGCCCUCCUCCCCUUCUUUGUAAGGUUUGCUAAAACGGUCUGAAUUCCUUGACUUAUUUCAGCUAAUCUGACACUUCCUAUAAAUUUAUAAUCCUACAGAAAAUGAUGCCUCUGUAAACGUUCAAGUUGGUUUUUAUGGUAACUGAAUCUGAUUUUUGAAGAGAAACCCCUUAAAUGGUUAAUAUUACUUAAAUGGUUAAUGUUAAAGUGUUUUAUUUUCUGUAUUGACGCAGCAUUUGUUACUUCGAAGCCUACGUUUUAUUUUCUUGCAGUGUAGUUUGUAAAUAGUGUCAAAGCCUUCCCCUUUCAAGUUACAUUGGCUAAAGCAAUGUUCAUUUUGCUCCACUUUGUACAAGCAAACAUUUAUCCAUUACAUAAAUCUUUUUUUUUUUUUAUCUUCCUUUAUGGUAAUUUUGGGCACUAAAAGGUUAACGUUGAAACAUAGGCUGCUUGAAACAGCUCAAAAUGCUGUUAGACGAGGUAUGCUCUCUGUGACAAAUACGUUAAUCAGGAUUUAUUGUUGGUUUCUGGACCACUCCAGUUAUCAAAGUUUUGUAAUAAUUAAAUGCUUUUGUGUGUUGUAAAAGCACCCUGCUUUUAAAGAGUUGCAAGCCAGCGGGUGCCUGUGGCUAGAAUCUUGUUUUUGUGUGCAGCUAAUGCUGUUCAAUAAUACCGAAGUACAACACAGCUUGUCUGUUCUGAACAGUUUAUUGGAAGGGAAUGGGGGAACUAAACAGUGUAAAACCAUUCAGUUAUUUUACACUACAUUUGAAGGUGCAGUACCCUGUGCUUCUAGAUGAAUGUAAAUCAUAGUAGCCCAAUGCCAGACAUGUCUCUUGUGUUCAAAAUGAUGUUUAACUGAACGUAGCUUUAAACUUUCGGGGGAUUGCUCCUCUUAUCCCGUUGUUGUUUGCACAGAAUGAAUGUGUGAAUGACCGAAUUGCAUUAGUUUCCAGUCAGCGUAUUUGUAAAGAACAUUUUAAAGUGUGGUAUUAAUAUGGGUACUGCAGCUUUAAUUGGCAUUGGCAGUACCAUGACUCUUUUUUUUCUUCUUUUUUUUAAUCCCUAUUGCAUCCAUUUGGUAAAGGUUUACAUGGUGUUAGCCAUGUGAAUUCUCUACAGUUGGGCUAUCAUAUCAACUAGUAAUGCGAAAUAAUCACUGAAAUGAACAAUAGUAUCUAGAGGCGAUUAUUUCAGCAACAAUAUCUGAAUUUUGCCACAUUUGUUGUGCUUGUGUUUUGCUGUUGAACAAUCUUGGACAGCUGGUGAAUAUGAAAACAACAUAGCUUUUUAAUUUGACAUUUUUUUCUGACCUGUAACUCCUGUGCUGAAGUAGGGAGUGGCUCAGUUUAUUUUGCUGGCAGGCAAAAUGUGAAGCUAUUAACUGCAUUUUUGAUGAUCAACCCCUAUACUGUGUGUGUGCGCGUGUGUGUAGUCUUUUGUGUUGCAGGUAAGUUAGUUCAUGGGACAUCUCUUUAUUCUAGCCCACCCACCCCCCCAAAAAAAAAAAAAACCAAA